UUACAUGCCAAGCCUUCAAGAUGAUGUCCAUGAACAGCAAACAGCCACAUUUUGCCAUGCAUCCCACCCUACCUGAGCACAAAUACCCCUCUCUACACUCCAGCUCGGAAGCAAUAAGAAGAGCAUGUCUACCAACUCCACCGCUGCAGAGCAAUAUCUUCGCCAGCCUCGAUGAGACCCUGCUGGCGCGGGCCGAGGCUCUUGCCGCCGUCGACAUCGCCGUCUCGCAGGGCAAGAGCCACCCGUUCAAGCCGGACGCCACUUACCACACCAUGAACAGCGUGCCCUGCACCUCCACCUCCACCGUGCCCCUGGCGCACCACCACCAUCACCACCACCAUCACCACCAGGCGCUGGAGCCCGGCGACCUCCUCGACCACAUCACCUCCCCCUCCCUGGCGCUCAUGCCCGGCGGAGGCGGCGGAGGCGGCGGCGGCGGAGGCCACGAUGGGGCGGGCGGCGGAGGCGGCGGGGCCGGCGGCGGCGGGGGCGGCGGCGGCGGGGGAGGCGGCGGCGGCGGCGGCCUCAUCUCCACCUCGGCCCACCCGCACUCGCACAUGCACGGCCUGGGCCAUCUCUCGCAUCCGGCCGCCAUGAACAUGCCGUCGGGGCUGCCGCACCCGGGGCUGGUGGCCGCUCACCAUGGGGCCGCGGGACAGGUGGCCUCGGCGGCGGCGGUGGUAGGGGCGGCCGGCUUGGCCUCCAUCUGCGACUCGGACACGGACCCGCGGGAGCUGGAGGCCUUCGCUGAGCGCUUCAAGCAGCGCCGCAUUAAGCUGGGGGUGACCCAGGCCGACGUGGGCUCGGCGUUGGCCAACCUGAAGAUCCCGGGGGUGGGGUCCCUCAGCCAGAGCACUAUCUGCCGCUUCGAGUCCCUCACCCUCUCCCACAACAACAUGAUAGCCCUCAAACCCAUCCUGCAGGCUUGGCUGGAGGAGGCCGAGGGCGCUCAGCGGGAAAAAAUGAACAAGCCUGAGCUCUUCAACGGGGGCGAGAAGAAGCGCAAGCGGACUUCUAUCGCCGCCCCGGAGAAGCGCUCCCUGGAGGCUUACUUCGCCGUCCAGCCCCGGCCCUCCUCCGAGAAGAUCGCCGCCAUCGCCGAGAAAUUGGACCUCAAAAAGAACGUGGUGCGGGUUUGGUUUUGCAACCAGAGACAGAAGCAGAAACGGAUGAAAUUUUCCGCCACCUACUAG